GAGCCGGGCGCGGAGAAUGGCUUCUCGAGCCUCCCGACUGUCAGGGCCGACGAUUGCGGCGUCGACCAGUGCGCGAUCUGCAUGGACGACGUCCCCCCCGAGGAGUCCCUGGUGCAACUGCCCUGCAAGCACGCCUUCCACGCCCUGUGCGCGGCACGCUGGCUGACGCAGGCGGGCAAACAUUCGCAGGGCAAGCGCCAGUGCUGCCCCCUCUGCUGCCAGAAGGUGGUGUGCUCGCCCGAGGGCGUCAUCGCGAUCUCGAGCAGCUCGAGCUGA